AUGAAUAUCAAACCUGAAAUCCCAUCGCCGAAUAACGUGAAUCAGGGAAACAUAUCGUCAUCAACAACGAAUUUAAGUAACGCGUCAGCCAUCGGUACAACGAUCACGACGCCAACGGUGUCUCCCAGACAAAAUCAAACGACCAUUCAACGAACGUCAUCCGCGAUGCCUCAAAGGAGUCCAUUUGCCAUACAAGAACUAUUAGGCCUAAACGAAACGACAAACGUCGAUAGGAAAAUGGUCACGGGUAUAGGAGGUAUCGGUGCGACGGGAUUUCAAAAUCGCGUUCUCCCUCAUUUGCAAAACGACAGCAAUUUUCACCAUCACAUGUUGGCGGCGGGUAAUCUCACGAGUCGUAUGGCAUAUUUUAACGCUCAGGCAGCCGUCGCAGCUGCCUACAACAUGAAUAGCAUGGCAGCAGCUGCAGCAGCAGUACAAGUUGGCAUGGCCGGCAACGGAACGUCCGCCGCCGGUAACGCAUCCACAGCAAUGUUGGGUUUAAACCACGUCGGAAGAGACCACAGCGCUGGAAAUGAAAUUCAUAAAUAUCCGGUUAAUUAA